AGAAUAAGGGCCGCAAGGUCACGGUAUAUGAUCUUUUGCAGAACAGCAAGGUUGAGACGGGUUUCGGCGACACGGAGAUCCCUGUUUUGGAGAUUGACCUGAGCGGAGUCACCAUUAACUACUUUUUGCGCAGCAUCGAUGCCGUCACGAUGGCACUGGACCACCGCCUGAGGCUACUGAGUUUGGACCAUAUGGAAUCACCAUUGUCGGUGCCCUGCGACCCGGACGCUUAUCCGAAGUGGCUGCAGAACGCCAUGCGCGGAUACUGGAAGCUGGCAUGUCGGCCGUUCAUUCCAUCGGGUAUCAAAAGCCAUAUGUCUAAGCGGCACAAGAGAGUGCCUAGCCACCUGGCCUCAUCUACCAAUGGGGCGACCAUAUCGACGCAGUCCACACACACAAUGGGCGGUGUGGCCGGUUCGGCCAGCACAACCAGCCAGAUAUCUGAUCACAUGGAUGCCGCAUCCAGCGUCGUGGCCAGCAAGCAGCUGAGCAAUAGCGUGGGUGGUAUGGAGUUUUCGGCUCAUUCCUUUGCGCCCAACGGCAUUGGCGAAAACGCUCACCAAAUUAACAUAAACGCUUUGACUAACUAUACAGACGCAUCACUUGCCACCCAGGCAUCUUUCCUCAACAGUUCUACUCAUCAGCCAGCGGCAUCUAACGAUAUUAGCUCGCUGCCACUUCUUGAGGCUCUGCUCUCCGGACCUAACUCGGCACUUCCCCAGCCGCAGCCCCCGAUGCCGCCACCGCAACAGCAGCAACAGCCUCCUAUGCUGGAAUCAGCGCCGGCCACGAUGUCCUCUCGCUUGUCUGGUUUGAGACCGCCGCCCCAGCCGAUGGUGCCCACACACUCGGCGCCUGCGGAUGAUAUCCUACUGAUGCCUUCGAAGCGCACCUACGAUGUGAGCACCCCCCUGCCAGCGCUUCAGCAGCCAUCCUCAGGACGCAGCAACCGCCACAGCAACCAUCGCAGCAGCAGCCACCGAUGCCCGUUUACAGCAAUGGCGACCCUGAUCAGAAUAUAUCACCCAUGCAUCACGCGCAGGUCAACCUUGGCAUGCCGCCGAACAAGCGCAUGCGACACGCCUCAUCCACCACUAUUGCUACUAACCCGUACAGCGCAGUGAAUUCGGGCGCAAUCCCGAGUAACCAUGGCAGCUUUGAUUAUCGGUACCAAGACGCCAUGAAUGCCCUGCAUCAAUGUCAGCCUCCCCCUCCUCCCCCUGCCCCCUCUCAUCAUCA